AGUUCGCAGACAACAGUCAAACGGCGUCGUUAUUUAGCACUAAACCCCUUUUGAAUUUCUAGAGCGUUCUAGCAAAGAACAUUUCAUUACCGUAUCCUCGAUUCCACAUCUCUGCUCAGCAGCUCAUCGUGGUUAUCUUUCAGUUGUUGAAGUUCAACAAUGGCAACAAAGUACAUUAUUGGUUCAGUGUUGGGAUCAUUUGCAAUUGCAUAUGUUUGUGACGUUGCUAUUGCAGACAAGAAGCUGUUUGGAGGUACUACUCCACAUACUGUUGCAAACAACGAAUGGUGGAAAGAGACGGACAAAAAAUUCCAGGCAUGGCCUCGAACUGCUGGUCCCCCUGUGGUCAUGAAUCCCAUCAGCCGCCAAAACUACAUUGUCAAGUCUUGACUGAGGAUAUUCACUCCUGUGCUCGAUUAAGAUGCUUGGUCUCAGUUUCCUUUCAAGCAAAGUUGUGUGGUAGUUCGAUUGUAAUAAAUGUUUCUUCAGUUUGUGCACCUAUGUAUGUUUACUAUCUUGUAUCAGCUGAAUAAACUGUGAAGGAUACAUGAUCAAAUGGAUAAAAUUAGCUACUUAUGUCUUGACUUAAUAUAUAUGUUGAUUCUCUGCUUUGUGUGUAACUUUGUUUCAGGCUAAAUUAAUAAAAUAUCUGUAUAAGGUGCA